GGCUGCGCCUCGAUCACAAACCAGUUUAGAAGAAAGUCUGUUCUAGAGGAGAGUCUUAUAUCUAUCAAGUAACCCACUGUGGCAAAAAAAAAGGAUUUGUCUGCGGGUAAACGACAAGGAGGCAGUGCAUUUUCAGGUGCUACGAGUGAAAUUAUUUCCUACCCGUCGAUGUUGUACUGCAAGUGUAGUUAAUCGAAUUUUUUUUGGUUCAGUAUUUGCGCUGGAUUUGUUUUUGUUUGGGCGUGCGCAAUGAUGGCCACUUACCAAAACCCCGAGGAUGACGCAAUGGCACUGAUGGUCCAUGAUACCAACACCGCGAAGGAGAAGGAGCGAACUAAAGAGGAACCGGUCCAGGAAAAGAGUUCGGAGAAAACGGACCCGUCUCAGAAACCACCCUAUUCGUAUGUGGCUCUCAUUGCCAUGGCUAUCCGGGAGAGCACAGAAAAGCGCCUCACGCUGUCUGGUAUUUAUCAGUACAUCAUCACCAAGUUCCCGUUCUAUGAGAAAAACAAGAAAGGCUGGCAAAACAGUAUCCGGCACAACUUAAGUCUGAAUGAAUGUUUCAUAAAAGUUCCUCGUGAGGGAGGUGGCGAGAGAAAGGGGAAUUACUGGACCCUCGACCCGGCGUGCGAGGACAUGUUCGAGAAGGGAAACUACCGGAGAAGGCGUAGAAUGAAACGUCCCUUCAGACCUCCACCGACCCAUUUCCAACCCGGGAAAUCACUAUUCGGCGGGGAUGGGUACGGCUACCUGUCCCCUCCAAAGUACCUGCAGUCCAGCUUCAUGAACAAUUCGUGGUCGCUGGGCCAGCCUCCCACCCCGAUGUCCUACACCUCCUGUCAGAUGGCCAGCGGCAACGUGAGUCCCGUUAAUAUGAAAGGACUGUCUGCCCCCUCCUCAUACAACCCAUACUCCCGUGUGCAAAGCAUGGGUCUCCCCAGCAUGGUGAACUCUUAUAACGGUAUGAGUCAUCACCACCCGCACGCUCACCAUGCCCAGCAGCUGAGUCCGGCAACGGCGGCACAGUCCCCGGUCUCCUCCGGCAAUGGAGCGGGCCUGCAGUUCGCUUGCUCCCGUCAACCCACCGAGCUCUCCAUGAUGCACUGUUCGUAUUGGGACCACGAGAGCAAACACUCCGCGUUACACACGAGGAUAGACAUUUAGAUUUUUACCAGAGGGCCACUUGUAAAACGAACUUUUGUGAGAGAACGAAAAUAAGUAUAUUCAUGUGUUUUUAAACCAGAAACAAAUUAUUUUUGAAGAGACAAUACUAUGACGGGCUAUUUUGAUACAAAUAAUGUCCUGAAAA